AUGGAGAAAUUUUUGUUGAUGGCUUUCUUGUUUUUGGCAAUAACAAUAAUAUUGCCUUCAACUCAUGGUCUUGAUCAAAGUCCUAAAGGAGUGGACAAAUGGUUCAACAAGCUUCCCCAUGCAAAAGCAAAAAUGACCAAACUUCACUUCUACUUUCAUGACAUUGUGACUGCAAAGAAUCCAUCAGCAAUCCAAAUAGCACAAGCCAAUAAUACAUUUCAAUCACCAACAUUUUUUGGCUUAGUGAGGAUGAUGGACAAUCCGUUGACGGUUAACCCCGAGCCCAACUCCAAAAUAAUAGGCCGAGCCCAAGGAAUUUAUGGCUCAGCAUCGUUCGAAGAUAUAGGCCUUCUUAUGACUCUCAACCUUGUGUUCACAAAUGGUAAGUACAAUGGUAGCACGCUUAGUAUCCUUGGACACAAUCAAAUAUUUCACGAGUAUCGAGAAAUGCCAAUUGUUGGUGGUUCCGGUGUUUUCAGGCUAGCAAAAGGCAUCGCCACCGCGAAAACCUACCAAGUUGAUAACACCACACAAAAUGCAAUAGUUGAAUACCAUGUUGUGGUUUUGCAUUAUUGAAGUUUCCUUGU